AUGUCCGACGAUGAGGUUGAUCAUGAACUGCUUGACCUUCUGAGAAAGUCUCUAGGCAUGGGUCCAGCGGACCCAGCCGCUCCUCCAGAAACAAAAGUUCUGGAAAAUGCAGAGUUCAUCUACAAUAACAGCGUGGAUGUUGCUCUCGAUAUGCGGCAUAGUAAGAUCGCAGCUAUCGAGAUCCAGAAGCAGAUGAGAGAACGUGGCUACAGCACCAAGACAUGGUCAGAACAUCCGCUGCAUCCUAAGGCAAAGGAUGAGAACACCGUUAAUUUCAUCUUUACCAUGGACUUGCUUAAUUUCAGUUUUUGGAGUGAGAAGAGCGAAGAGGAAAGAUUCUCUGUGAGCUAUCAAGACAAGAAGUGGACGGGUUAUUGGAGCUUGGUCGCCGCAUUGCAACGUGCUUUGGAGGAAGACAUUCCGAUCACAACACCAUCGUUUUGGGCCAACGAGGAAGAGUGCACCGAUGAUGUCUUGAAACACGUCUUCCGAUCGGAGACGGAGGACGAGAUUCCACUUUUCGAAGAAAGAGCGCGUUGUCUUAGAGAGGCAGGACAAGUGCUUGAAGAGGAAUUCGACAGUAGCGUGGUGACAUUGAUCGAGGAUAGCAAGAAUUCUGCAGCUGGGCUGGUGAACUUGCUCGCCGAAAGAUUCGUCUGCUUCAAUGACCAGGGAAAGUUCGAUGGCAAGAAAGUCCGAUUCCUCAAGAGAGCACAGAUCUUUGUUGCAGAUCUAUGGGCUGCCUUCGAUGGGGAGGGUUACGGAAGCUUCAAUGACAUUGAUAAGAUUACGAUGUUUGCAGAUUAUCGAGUCCCCCAAAUGCUCCAUUCAUUGGGCUGCAUGUCAUUUUGCCCUCCGCUCGAAGGGCGGAUCAGGCGAUUGGAGCCGAUCGAGACGGGCCAUGCCUGGGAGCUUCAAAUACGAGGCUGUAGCAUAUGGGCUGUAGAGCUUUUGAGGCGUGAAAUCCUGAAACUGGAUCCGGAGAUGGAGGUCAAUGCUAUCCUCAUUGACUUCUUCCUCUAUGAUCUCGCUAAAGAAAGAGAGAAGGCAGGCGAAGAAGCGAUACCCCACCAUCGAACCAGGAGCAUUUGGUACUGA